AGCAGGAAAAGAGAAUUAGUUUUUCAGUACACUGACAUUUAAUGCAAAAAAAAAAAUCUAUCAGCUUUGCAGUGAAGGUUAAGUGUUUUCCUAGGAAAUGAAUUAUGCACAUACAAUUAAAGACCUGCCAUUCAUCCCAUGGCUGUUUUGUUUCGCAGGCCACAGUGAGAACACAUGAAUAGAAGAAGAAAAUUUCUUCUCGCCUCAGUUCUUGCUCUCCAGAAUUCAAGUUUUAUAUAUCCUUCAUGUCAAAGGUGCUUUUCUCGGAUAAUCCUGAUCUCCAAAAGGUCUAAUUGUCCAAAAUGUGGCUCUACUGGUGAAGCUGAAAAUGCUAGUUACAGAUAUAAACUUUCCUUAAAAGUUGCAGAGUCAAACAAAUUGUUUGGUAUUACUGUAUUUGGAAGCUGCUUAGAUGCAUUUUUUGGUCUUACAGCCACUGGUUUGCACAGGUAUAUUCAGGAUCCUAAUGAAAUUCCCGAAACACUGGACAGUGAUACAACUCAGAACCUAUUAACUAAAGCAGUUGAAACUUGCUUUGUUGGACAAAGCUUCAUUUUUGGAGUGACGAAUUUUGAAAACCAAUAUGGACAAGGUUCAGGUUCCAAUAACUUCUUACAGCAGUGCUCAGAUCUCAAGAAAGAAGUUAAAGCGCUUAUAGCUUGCCAGAUUGUUCUACCAGACCCAGGUGUUGUAGGCUUCACUGUCAUUGACUAUUUCCAUCAGCUUUUGCAGCUUUCUGAUGUCAGGAAACUUCGUUGUGGUUCCCAGGCACCUAGCAGCCGCUUCCUUGCUUUAGAACACUCAAGUAGUGAUUUCAGCAGCAUAUGUGGCCCUGACAGCAGCUCUUGUUGUUCUGAGUCCCAUGGCAGAGAGAAUUUUUCAGGAUUCAGGCAGCCAUCACUUGAACUCAUUUCCACUGAUUCACAACUAACAGAUGAUGAUGAUUUUUCAGCUUCAGAACAAAGCAAGGCCAUUGGUACUCUUUCCCAGAACAGAAAGUGCAUCUCCUUUACAGAGGCCACUGGUUCCAACACCUGCCAUGAUACCACUCAUAUUUCGUGGAGCUUUGUUUCAUAUAUGGAUAAAAAGAGUACAGCACAAAAGUUGUGUGAAGAACCUGGCUUACAAGCUAAUCAGCCAAGAGCAGUUCAUAGCAAUCAUCAUGAAAUUAGAGUCCCUGGCUCUAAUUUAUUCCCUUUGAAAGUGGAAGAGCCCCUUGAGCCAACUAAUACAAAAUCCUUUCACAGUACAGUGGAAAUUAAAAAUAGGUAUUCCCAGUGUGAACUAAAAUAUCGCCAGUAUCAUGAUGUAGAUACCCUCCGUGGCCGUCAGGAGAGAUCUGUGUGUUGUCCACCUCCAUCACUCAGAUUUGAAGAGAUAGCUGGUGGUUCCCAGGACUGUGAACCUGAGAUUUGGGAUGAUCUACCAUUCUCUGAAAGCCUAAACGAAUUUCUGGCAGCUUUCGAAAAUGAGAUUUCUCUAACUCACACAGAUGUCAGUAGCAGGAAAUGUCAUCUAGAUAAUAACGUUGGUAAAUUACCUGUAGACCACAGCAGGUUAUCAGUAACUCCCAACAGAACUACUAGUGUACUGAAUACGCCACCCAUAGCCUUAAGAUCACCACAAGUGACAGCCAAAGCAAACACCAGCAAAGAUAACUUCCUUUCCAACUGUGAAGCGAAUCUAAGUCCUAGUGUUCAUAAGGAGUCACAACCAGAGAACACCGCAGAGGCUAUCUCUAUAAGUAGUAGUGGAAGAGACACAUCUGAAAAUUUUCUACCAAAUGUUUAUCUGUCAGCUCUGUUUCCAUCUUCAAAAGGCUCAGGCACAACAAGUACUCUCAAGUCUACUGAAAUUCCAUCACAUAGGGCUGAAGUUUCACUUACGUGCAGUACUUCAGAGAGUGACCAUUCUUGUCUCAAAGGCAAAUAUUUUAAUGGAUGUGGAGAAAAAUCGCUUUCAGAAAUGAGUGAAAAGUUGACAACUUUGCAUUCUAGGAGGUAUAAUGAUGUUUCCAGCCUUCACACCUUAGAAAAUAAACAGUACUCUAGGUUGCCAAAGAACCAGGGUGACAGUUUUCCAAUUUGCAGGAAACUCACAUAUCCUUUAGAAGCUCUCUGCAGUAGUCCAAAUAGAAGUACGAAUACACUGAAAGAAAUGCAUUAUGAACACACCAGUAAUAACUUAACACAGAACUGUUCUACUGGUCAUGAAGGUGGCUACAACGCUUCUGCUGAUCUCUUUGAUGAUAGUGCUAAAGAAAUGGACAUUGCAACAGAAAUGACCAAAAAGUCACAGGAUAUUUUGUUACAGUGGGGAAAGCCUUUGGCAGAAAGUCAUCAGACGGAAUCUGAUUUUUCAUUGAGAUCCCUUUCUGAAAACUCUAGCCAGUCUUCACAAAAAUUAUCCUUGCAAAGCACAUCUGCUUCUCUGUAUCCAAGAACACGUUCCUCUUCACCUCAUUUUCAGUCAGAUUUGGAGUAUGACUUUGAAGAUAGCCAAGAUUUUGUUCCAUGUUCACAGUCAACUCCAGUUGCACGAUUCCACCAAACUAGAAUUCACGGCGAGAUGAAAGGAGCUUUCAAAAAAUUUCCUGCCUUUUAUUCAGAUCUUGAUGCUAACUAUAAAAAAACAAGGCUUUCCUCUGAAAAUGACACACAGCAAGCCAUCCCUACCUGUCCAAAAAAUAUAAAGACACCCAGCCAGAAAUCCAGAAGUCCUACUAUAUCUGGUAUGACACAACCAGAGAUUUUCAACAGCUGUCCUGUUGCUGAAUGCCCUGAAAGUGAUGUUGAUGAAUGGGUCCCUCCUACCACACAAAAAGUAUUUCUUUCAGAAAUGCAUGGAUUCCAGGCCAUGUGUCUAAGGAAAUUUCCUGCUGCUUAUAAUUCUCCUGAUCAAAAAGAAUUACCAAGAAAAAAACGGAAAUAUAUCAAACAAAGAACUAAUAAAUGUUUAAUUAAGAAGGAGUUAAAUUUAAAGAAUAUGCUUACAGCAGCAGUUACAAAUCAGAAAACUCCUGAAUAUAACAGAAUAAGGUCAGGCUGGAUUUUCAAAGAGUCAGUGUUGGGACUUGGUUCUUGUUCAGAAGUCAAAUGUUGCCUUCCACUUUCAGAAAACUGGCCACUUUCCAUGCCUGACACUAAAAGUGCAUGGUCUCCUGAAUUGUUUUCACAAAAUGUCACCUGAACCCAAUUACUGGACUUUCAAAGGUAAGUCUGUUUGGAAACUCUUACCUCCAUUGGCAUGGAAAGCAUUCUUACCAUUUUGACCCCUUGAAGAGAAGCAAAGAGAAAAGAGGUGCUGUUGUGCCUUUUAAAUGGUGAGAUGCCAUUGUUUUUCUCAGUGUUUUAUCCAGAAUACUCUGAUUUCAGAUAAUUUUGCACUUUAUCUUAUAUUGUUGAUUGUACUUAAGCAAUAUUGUUAACUUCGCUUGUUAACAGUAUUUGUUGAAAUCACAUGUACAUUCAGAAAUAAAGGCAUUACAAACCAAAACUUAGUCUUUCUUAAUUGUUCAGCUUAGAUCAGAAAAUGCCUGCCAUGUAUUAAGCCAACUACUGUGCUGAGUUCGUAAUACAAAGCUGCAAGUUCACUGAUCUCAAAAGAUUUUAGUCUACUGGGUACAACAGAAAUAUAAUAGACACUUUCAAUACAAUGCAGUAAAUGCAAUGAUUGAGGUUUUUCAUGGAUAUUACAUUUAUAUUGCUCCGGAGUGUGAUAGGGAAUCAGUUAACCCAGCAGCAUCUAUGGGCUGGGAAUAAGAAGAAAGGUCAAUAAAAACUCACUAUUUAGAGUGAAAUGUGAAACCCACUUUUUAUUAAGUACUCAUUGAAUGCUUACUAUAUGCCAGGCACUGUGCUAGGUGCUUGGAAUUCAAAAAUGAAAGUCAAGCCCCUUACCUCAAGAAACUGAAGGUCUGAAAGAAUAGACAAUUAGUAUCCAGUAAUUUCUAUGAUAGGGAGAUAAGCCUGAAAGACUAAUAAGGAGCAAAAAUGAGGACUGUUUUCUAGACAUUCAAGUCUUUUGCAGCACCUCAGCUCUUUUAUGUACCUCUGGUCAUUCCUCACAGCAACUAUUCCAAAUCUUCACCAUGCCUCCCAACCUACACUGCGCUCCUUGCCUCCUACGUCAUGAUCACCUGGUAUUACCUUCACCUUCCCACACCCAUACCUACUGACUUAUCUCUGCUCACCCACAGCUCUUUCCUCUAAUCUCAGAAAAUGAUGCACACCUCCUAUUUAGUGCUAAUCUUUCUGUUUGGGCUGUAGCUCUGUUACCUUCUCGUUCUACUGGCUUUCCCCCUCUCCCACUUUUUAUUUAGAAAAUUUGCAAACACAAAAAAGCUGAACAAAUGACACAGUGAUAUAGCAUCUAUACACGCCACCUAGAUUCCAUCAUUUUUAACA